AUGGCUGAUUCAGGUUAUUCAAAUACCGGCAAUUCUGCCGUUCAGACAAAUCCGCUUAAAAUUGCUCCUAAAGAUAUUCACACUAUCACCGCUGAGAUACACACAAACUUACUACAAACUACAGAUUCUACUCUUCGCGAAUCUACAAUUCAUGAUGUUCUUAUUUAUCUCACAGAUCCUGCUACAAAAAUUGAUCACUGGUUUUGUGACUCUGAUGAGCGAAUUUUAGUGGCGACUGUGUCGUUGCUAGGAUUUGCUUUUUCUGACGAUAUGCCUAUUCUUAGGGCACAUAGAUCUCGUUUAGCUGAAGUUUUAGGGGGAUGUCACAAAUGUGUACGUGAAUACCACAUUCAGCUAAUACGUUUGCGUCGACUCCUUCAAGAUGAUCUGCAAUUUGGAGUUGAAGUUGCAGAUGAGCUUCUCAACUGUAUCACAUCCUGGAAUGUGGACAGACUUACUACCUUUCUCACAACUGUCAGUCAAAAUUUGGAAAAAAUUGAAAAUCCAAGGCCUCGAGAUAUUUCGUAUGCAUUUGUUUCUAUAUUUGAAUGCUUAUGUGCUCCUCGCAUGCUCUUAGAUCCUGAUCACAGGGCGUUAUUCGAUAUAUGCAAAAAAGUUUUCUUUUACGUCCAAACACCACAGUCACCUGGGAUUCGCCCGCCAGAGCUAUUACCUGGCUUUAUUUCUUUUCUUUUUGGAAAUGAUCCUGAGUUUUAUAUAUUUGUACGAACUUCUGUGGCUAGAAUGAUAACGAAAAAACAAACAACAGAUGAAUCUUCUUUUGACAUUAUGCUGUGCAAUGCUAUAGAUGAUAUUGUCAGCGAUAUUCAAUCAAAUCCUCGCACACAAGAUGAAAUGAGACUUUUUUGGUAUAAUUUUGAUUUUCUCUUAAACAUUCUUGAACCGUCUGUUUUAAAGCAAAAAUUGGCUGGUCGUGAAUUUGAUAUUUUACGAUUUCUUGCGAAUUCGAUACUUCAGUCUCCUCAAGCGUCACUCCCUGCAGCUCUUUCAGUGUUGAGUUCAGUCAUUGAAAAGCUGGGCUCCGAAACAUGGGACGUUUUUGCCCCAAUAAAAGUGAAUGCACUAGUGAUGGCGAUUGUUCGAAACCCAUAUUUUGUUAAACCUGAAACCUGGAUCCCUAGACCAGCUGAAUCCGAAUUAGAUUUCCCACAAAAAACAAGUGAUUCUUUAAAUUGGAUAAUACCUCUUCUAAGGAGUUGUGACAAAACAGAUCUUCAAAAAUGUGGUCAGCAAAUUCUUCCAAAAAUAAUGGAAGUAGCAAUUCAUUUUAAAUCAAAACAAGAAGAAGAACCAAUUUUCAACAAAGCUCUCGACAUUUUUAUUCUUUGCCUUAAAUUUGAACCACGAACAAGUCGUCUUCCAUUUCUUUUUCAAGUUGAGCGACUUGUGAAGCAAGACACAAAACUUUUAUGUUAUCAAUAUGCUGAUAACUUACUAGACGCUUGUAAGCGCUUCAAAGAUAUUGAUCUAGACGUUUUUCAAAAAACUUACGACAUCAUAUAUUACUCAAUUUCUUUGGAUGUUAUAGCAGGUACACCAGAAUUCCAAGCUCUUAAAAAUUCAAAUAGUUAUGAAGGUGAAAUUCCCCCACCUGGUACUAAAAGCCUUUGGGAAAAGCUCAAUAGUGCAUUUCCAAUCAAUACUGAUAUUUCCAUUCCUGUUCUUCGAGCACUAAAACAUAUUACCUUUAUUGCUCGACCACCUCCAAAGAAGCCAGAUGAAGUUUUGGUUGUUCCUAAAGGAGAGCUUUCACAUUCUGCAAUUAACAAUGCCAUUGAAUCAAUGAGACUAAUUGGUCUUUAUGACUCCGAGAACCUAGCCCCUGUUUUAAAAGAUAAGAAAGCUCUUCUUUCGAUCUUUCUUUGCAUGUUUUCUGCGGAUGAGAAUGUCAAUCAAUCUGCUGUUGAUGUUUUUUGUCAAGCACUAGAUGCUGACGAUAGACUCAGUGCACUUACAGGCGUUUUAAAUUUUGAUCUAAAAGUCACUUUGUCUGUUCUGACAGAAGCGAUUGAUUUUGUCAAUGUGAUAGGAAUUUUUGCGCCAUGCCCAAAACUCAUUAAGGUUUCUCAAGACGUAUCGCAAUGUUUAUUUGGUGCAUCUUUUGGUGUUUUUGCAAAACAUAAGGAUGAACUGUCUUCAGGAAGCGAUAAUGAAUUUCUGCUUUACUGGGUCAAGCUUUGGACAUUUUUAGAGCGAACAUUUGCUAAGACACCCAAAUGGAGUUCUUCUUUUAAAACAGAUUUUAUGAUGGAAUUCCUUCGAGAUUUAAUUGACUUCAGUGGUGGUCUUGUCGAGUACUUUUCAUUGGUUGAGUCACUGAUUCCCCCUCUUACGCAAGGACAGAUCCAAAAGCUGCAAGAACAAUCGAUGGCUAAGAAUGAUUCUAAAACUCCCAAGAGCAUCAGUGGAUUACUACUUGAGCCUGUCAUUGUCUGUUUGAUCCAGAUGUGUGAACUUCUACGUCUUCGUGAUGAAGCACUUAUUCGGUCUUGCUUUGGAGUUAUCAUGGCUGUUUUAGAGUUAAUGAAACGCUUUAACAUUUCUCCAUCUGAUGAACUUGUCGAGGUUUUUACUAAGCUUGCUAGUAAUGCUGCACGAUUUGAAAACAAUUUGACUAAUGACCAAAAAACAAGUCUGUUAGUUGCCAGUGGUUCUUUCACUAUUGAAGAAGCUGAACGCGUCAUGGGUGGUCGUGCAACACCAGAUGCCGAUGACGAUGAUAUCCUUGAAGAGAGUGUUGUUCACCGUAACGCUGCCACGUCCAUUACACCUGGUGCCACUUCAAAAUCGGAUGCUUCAGGGAAGCAAACUUCAUUGCUUGAUUUUACCAAAUCCAAUGGUCAGACUUCUAUAAAAGCAUCACCUUCAUUUCCAAAACCUUCAUCUUCAGCUGCUUAUACUGUCGGCCUUUCAACUCCAAAGGCUAGUAUGCUUGAUGCUGUUCGGCAAAGUCUUAAUGCCAAAAAAUCCACACCGUCAUCCACUUUAUCAAAACGCGAGAUUCAUCCAGCCCGACCUCCCGGAUUUAAUUCAAAUUCUAUGUUUGCUCGCAAAGCUGCGGCUGCAGCUGCUUCUGGUUCAUCUCGGUCAAACCGCAGCAGCCCUAAUAAAGAUGGUCACAGUUCCUCUGAAGAUGAGGAUAGCGAGAAUGAUGAUAAUGAAGAUGGCCUGUUUACUGCUAAGCCACAGGCUCCUCAUAAGUUACGGAAUAUUGAAAAACAGACUACCACCUCCUUAGGUGUUGGAUUUUCUAGAGGUCGCUUUUCGCGAGAAACCAUUUCCGAAAAGGAACGUGAAGAAAGAAAUAUGCGCGCCCGUCUUCAAGUUGAUUUGGAUCCACUAUAUCGGAAGAUCUUAAGUUGGGAUUACCAUGCGACUUUAGAUUAUCCAUCCGUGCUCAAUAAAGAUGGAACCUCUUCUCCCAGUGAUACCCAACAGUACAAAGCUGUAUCUAGCACUUUUAAAACUGUCACCGAGUAUGUGAAUACUUUUGAACCUUUGCUUAUGCUUGAAUGUUGGCAAGGAAUUGUUAAAUCAAAAGAGGAAAAUAUGGAAAAGCCUUUCAAGGUAUGGGUUGGAAGUAAAACUUUAGUUGGAAAUGGAAUCUAUGAAAUCCGCGUUUCUGUUCCGACAAAGGUUUUUUCACAAACUAAAAUGGGUGAUUCAGAUUUAAUUAUGCUUUCAUACUCUCCUCAACCUAGCGUUGAUGCAAUUUACCCAAAGAAAGAUAUUCCAUACUGCUUUGCCAAAGUAAAGGAGAUCAAAAAUAGUGGUCCGGAAAACACCGAAAUUGCGGUUAGAGUUGAUGAACCGCCUCUAAAAAUGCAUACAUCUUUGACUUUAAAUACAGAGCUUCAUGUUUUACGAGUGACGAGCUUGACAACAAUUGAGCGUGAAUAUUCAUCACUUAAAGCUCUUGCUUAUUAUAAUCUUAAAGAUAAGAUUUUGGCUGCUGAACCUAGUGAAUCAUCUGAACCCAGAAAUGAGAUCUUAGCUCAAGUAAUUAAGGCCUAUAAUGUGAAUGAAUCUCAAGCUCGUGCAAUUGUUUGUUCUCUUAACACUGAUGGUGUUUCACUUAUUCAAGGUCCACCCGGUACUGGUAAGACCAAAACAAUUCUUGGUGUCAUUGGAUCGUUUCUUACAGAACAACGUUUUGGAGCUUCUCCUCCUGUAAAUAAAACUUCCAAGGAACCUGUUACACCCGAAAAGACACGCCGUAUCAUUAUUUGUGCACCAUCAAAUGCUGCUGUUGAUGAACUGGUUCUUCGUUUGAAAGAUGGUAUUCAAGGUCAUGAUGGACGAAAGUUUAAACCCAGCGUUGUACGUUUGGGUCGUUCCGAUGCAAUUAAUAGUAAUGUUCAAGAAUUUACUUUAGAAGAACUAGUUGAUCGCAAACUAGCUGCACUUGACAAAGAAGCAAAGAAUGUAUAUGAUGGUCAACUGCGCGAAACACAAAACGAACAACUUGCUGAACGUGAAACCUUACGAAAGAAAGUAGCGAAUUGUCAGAACCCCCAAGAAACAGAAACUCUUAGGUCUAAAAUUGCUGAUCUGACUCGCAAAAUUAAGGAUACUGGUCAUGAGCUUGAUCGCCAACGUGAAAACAUCAAGGUUAAUAUCCGGAAACGUGAUAUCGAAAGAAGAAAGUACCAAACCUCUAUCAUCCAAGCAGCAAACGUCGUUUGUACAACUUUGUCAGGUUCAGCUCAUAAUGUUUUGCUUUCUCUCGGAAUGUAUUUUGAAACUGUUGUUAUCGAUGAAGCUGCUCAAUCCGUAGAGCUUUCAUCACUUAUUCCACUUAAAUAUGGGUGCAAACAGUGCAUCAUGGUUGGUGAUCCAAACCAAUUACCACCAACAGUUUUAUCUUUAGAAGCGGCCAAAUUUAAGUAUAAUGAAUCGUUAUUUGUUCGCAUGUUCAAAAACUUCCCUAACCGUGUUCAUAUGCUCAAUACCCAAUUCCGUAUGCAUCCUGAAAUUUCACAGUUUCCUAGCAGAGAGUUUUACCGCGAUAAGCUUAAAGACGGACCUGAUAAUCAUCUUGAAACUCGUCGAGUUUGGCACACAGCGGAACUUUUUGGGCCCUAUAGAUUUUUUGAUGUAAGUGGUCAGCAAGAACAGUCAAAAGGUACCAAAUCUUUGUUCAAUAGACAUGAAGCUGCCUUUGCUCUUAAUCUUUAUUCAAUGUUGGAAAGACAUUUUGGGCGUGAUUUCCUUGCAGGAAAAGUUGGCAUUAUUUCUCCUUACAAAAGCCAAGUUGGUCUUUUGAAGAGAACAUUUAUCAACGCGCUUGGAAAUGAUAUUAUUAAGGAUAUUGAUUUCAACACAAUUGAUGGUUUCCAAGGUCAAGAAAAAGAUAUCAUCAUCAUGUCAUGUGUACGUGCACAGCCUGAUGCCAAGGGUGUUGGUUUCUUGGGCGAUACUCGCCGUAUGAACGUCGCUGUUACACGUGCUAAAAGUUCACUUUGGAUUCUUGGUAAUGAAAAAUCUUUGGUUGGAAAUCCAGUUUGGAAGCGACUGCUAGAUGAUGCAAAGAAAAGACGACUUUUUACUCGAGGUACACCUAGGCUUUUCGAAGAUGAAAAACUAAACUAUGACGUUAGAAGGGCUGCAAAAUCAGUUGCUAUUGAAGUUGGAAAUGGAAAUCUUUCAAAUGGGCAUUCCAGCAAUUAUAAACCAUUAUCAAAGCCUGUCCAAAAAAGCUCAAAGAAGCCGGGUCCUCCUAUUCCACCUUAUCCUCAGCCCCCAAAGCCAACACAACAAAAGCCAUCUUCAAUUUCAUCUCGCAGAGACAGUAGUGAUUAUGAGCCAGGAGUUUCUUUUACCAAAAGAAAAACGCCACCACUUUCAAACAAUAACAGUAGUGACGCGUAUUCUCCUAAUAUUUCUAAGCGCCGUCGGCAAUCGCAGGAUGAAGAGAGAUCCGCCAGCGACCAAGCUUCAAAGGACAAGGCCCAACCUGUCGAAAAUCAAAGAAGGUCCUCUAACUCUUCUAAUGACUUGGCUAACCCGUCGUCAUCAACUUUCAGUAUUCCUUUAAAGCCAUCACCUCGCAAUACGACCUCUGUAAAUCCUUUAAAAACUUUUCCAGAUACUACCAGCCCUUCAAAAGCCCAGAGUAGCUCUAUCAUUCCUCAACACCCUAGACAGCAGUUACCCCAGCAAAUACCACAAGCUCCACAAGCGCAUCAUGCGCAGCAACAAAAUUCUAAUACAUCACAUUCUGAAGCUGAACCUCAGAAAAAAGUUACUAUUAGAAGACGCCCACCAUCUGUUUUUGUUAAACGGCCACCUGGCCGCCGAUAA